AUGUUCAUACUACUUGGUAAAGCAAACAAAGAAACUAAUUUUUGGCAUAGUUUCGAGUAUUUGCCCUAUUCAACAAUUCUAUCUAACAAAUCAAACUAUGCACAAUUGCAGAGAGAUAAAACAAUUUCAUCACAAUCGAAUAAUUUAACCAGUACAAAUGAAUUAUCGCAUGCUUUAAAAAAUAAUUUAACUUAUCAAAACACACAGUCGAAUGAUACAUUGCUUGAAACUAAACCUAAUGAAAGUGCCAAUUGUUUUUCAUUUAUUUCACAACGUUUAUCCUCGGAUAAUCGAUCUUAUUUAUAUGGAGGAAAUAAUCCGAAAAGAAUUUGUGAACUGGAUCCGAAAAAGUACUCGUAUAAACGUCGAAAAUCACUAGCUAUAAUACAUGGGCUUGGAUUUCGUGGACGGAAAUUUCAAAAGAAUAAUUCAUCCAAACUUAAUCGACAAAUUAAGAAUUUCAGCGUUAAAAAUGUACCAGAAUAUAAAAUACAAAAAUUAACUAAAUCAAGCUUUGUUCUUUUACACUAUGGUCUUUUUCACAUUAUCUGGGAUUGGUUACUUUUGAUAUUAACAUUUUAUAUUGCAUUUAUUGUACCGUAUAAUGUAACAUUUGAAAGUCAUUCAACUCAUUCUGGUCGAUGCAGAAUUAUUGAUCUGAUGGUAGAAAUCUUUCUAAUUAUCGAUGUGAUAUUGAAUUUUCACACAACCUAUGUGAAUAAAAGUGGUCAAAUUGUGAAUGAUCGUCAUUUAAUUGCAAAACAUUAUGCUAAAGGAUGGUUAAUUUUAGAUUUAUUAGCUGCGCUACCAGUUGAUUUUAUAUUGAUUUUUUUUCAAAGUACAUCCAUACUCAAUUUAGAAGAUGUAAACAUCAACACGAAUUUAAUUGAAGCAUAUCAUGUUGUCAAUGUUUCAAUGAAUGAAACACAAAAAGAACAUUAUUUAUAUCGUUCGAAUGAUGAGAAAUUCGAAACAAGACCAAUAGUGAAAUUUAAUUUGAUAUCUUUGUUACAAAUGAUGAAACUUGCAAGACUUUUACGUUUAGCUCGUCUUAUACAAAAAAUUAUUAGAUUAUCACAAUACAGUGUUAUUGUAUUAGGAUUAUUAAUGUUUAGUUUUGCAUUAGUUGCACAUUGGUGUGCAUGUAUUUGGUAUAUUAUUGGUUUAUAUGAAAUUGACGGGUCCGAUAUUGGUUGGUUGGAAGAUUUAGCCAGACGAUUACGAUCUCCUUUUCAUUUGAAUAGAUCCGGUGGACCUACAGAAGGAUCUAAAUAUUUUACUGCAUUAUAUUUCACAUGUAGCAGUUUAACAUCUGUUGGGUUUGGUAAUGUUUCAGCUAAUACAACCAAUGAGAAAAUAUUCGCUAUUUGUAUCAUGCUACUUGGAGCUCUUAUGCAUGCUGCAGUAUUUGGCAAUGUCACUGCUAUUAUACAACGUAUGUAUGCACGUCGAACAAUAUUUCAAUCGAAAGUUCAAGAUUUAAAAGAAUUCAUUGAAGUUUAUCGAAUACCCAAAACACUUAAAAGUAGAAUGGAAGAUUUCUUUCAAACAACAUGGGCUAUUAAUCGUGGUAUCGAUGUAUCUGAAGUGUUGAAAAUUUAUCCAGAAGAAUUACAAGGUGAUAUUUAUUUACAUUUAAACCGUGAAGUACUUGGUUUGAAAGUAUUUGAAAAAGCUAGUCGUGAUUGUUUAAAAUCGUUAGCUAUUAAUUUUAAGCUAACAUUUUGUACACCUGGUGAAUAUCUAAUACAAACUGGAGAUAUUUUACGUCGUUUAUAUUUUGUAUCGAAUGGAUCAUUGGAAGUAUUGGAAACGGAUGAAGUGGUUGCUUUACUUGGUAAAAACGACUGGUUCGGUGCAUUUAUCGAAACUGAUAUAACAACAAACACUACACUGAAUAAUCUAUCCUCAUCAACAACAACAACAACAACAUCAUCAUCAUUUCCAAUUAUACGUUCACGUUGUGAUGUAAAAUCACUGACCUACUGUGAUCUACAUUAUAUCGAUUUGAUUACAUUAAGUGAAAUAUUAAAUCAACAUCCACGUUUUAAAGCUGAAUUAAAAAGUUAUUUAUAUGAAGAUUUAUCAUUUAAUAUACAAGAAGGAGCUGUAAGUGUUAAACUAUAUUUUGAAUGA